AAUGUCUUCCCCCAACGAUUGGUCCGCGUCAGAUUAUAACAGCCAGGCAUCUAAACUGCUCAAGAAGUCCAGGGAUUCUCCAUUCGUACCGAUAGGAAUGACUGGCUUCGCUGCAGUGGUGGCUUAUGGGCUGUACAGGCUGAAGCACCGAGGCAGUACAAAGAUGUCUGUCCAUUUCAUCCACAUGCGAGUGGGAGCACAGGGCUUUGUGGUGGGAGCUAUGACCCUAGGAGUUCUUUACUCCAUGUAUAAGGACUACCUGGCACCUAAGGAUCCUACCAAGACGAAUAAAUGAAGUGGAGAACUCCUUCAGAGAGAUAAAGGACUCGAUCAUCCUAGAACAUAUCCCGUGUUGUACUUGUAAUUUUUUUAUUUAAAGAUAUUUAUUCACUAACAGGGCCUGUUUAAAUGUGUAUAUCGUAUAAACUCACACUGAGGGACGCUGUCUCUUCUGUGGCCUCGCUGUUUAAUUUAACACACUUUGUAAAUAUACUGGGUAUUUAACUGAAAGAGAAACAACAACAUAGAAAAUAUGUUUGCAAAAAAAAGAAAACACAAAGUUUUGUAAAUAAAAUGAUUUUAUUUGUGUUAA